AUGCAAGGUUCGUGUUUGAUGCGAGACAUUCGUGUUUAUGUGCCUCCUCCUCUCCGAGGUCGGGUUCUGAAUGAAUUACACUCUGGUCAUUUCGGAAUCUCUCGAAUGAAGUCACUGGCGCGGUCCUACUGCUGGUGGGAUAACAUUGAUCGAGACAUUGAGGAGCUGGCCCGGAACUGUGUGGACUGUGCUCGUGUCAAAGCAAGUCCAGCUAAGGUGCAUAUACACAGCUGGGAACAACCUUCCGAACCGUUCCAGAGAGUACAUGCUGAUUUUGCUGGACCUUUUUUGGGACUGAAUUUUCUUAUUAUCGUUGAUGCUCACGGCAAGUGGCCGGAAGUAAAGAUCAUUCCGGACAUGACAACCGAAACCACUAUUGAGAAGAUGAGGGAGUUUUUCGCUACUUUCGGAUUACCAUCUAUUUUGGUAACGGAUCGGGGAACGCAAUUCACGUCGGAUCAGUUUCAGCUAUUUCUGAAAAAGAACGGAAUUGUGCACAAAAUGGGUGCACCGUACCAUCCUGCAACAAAUGGACAGGCAGAACGUUAUGUCCAGACGUUCAAGGACAAAAUAAAAGCAUUGAAGUGUUCACGGUCCGACGUCCAAAAGGAAUUACAACAAAUACUGAUGGCCUAUCGAAGAACAGUGCACCCUGCCACAGGAAAAAGCCCAUCAAUGAUGGUUUUUGGACGACAGAUCAAAUCCAGGAUUGAUCUAAUGAUUCCCGGACAACAAAAUUUAUGCAAUGAUUCUCGAUGGGGAGACAAACCGAUACGUUCGUUUUCGGUUAACGAUAGAAUUGCUGCACGAGAUUUCACCUCGCAUACGGAAAAGUGGAGAUUCGGUGUUGUUGUGGAAAGAGUAGGCAAGCUUCACUACAUGGUCCAGCUAGAUGAUGGCAGAAUGUGGAAACGUCAUAUUGACCAACUCAGGCAAGGGCCCGUUCUUCAGCAAGUACAACACCCGGAAGUUCUAAGCCCAACUAAUAUUCAGCGAUCUCGUGAAAUGUCAGGGCCGUCCCCGAAUUAUCAGCCUCCAGUUCCAGUAAAAGUAGAACUUGAUGAUACUGAUGAUGAUGAUGUUGCUCGGAAUAUGGAAACUCCUAUCGACCCUAUCGAACAAAAUACGCCUGUCAGUACUGCAAUCAAUGAUACAGGUGCAUCCGGAGGUUCUAAAAAUAAGCGAAUCGUAGAUGGCUGGAAUAUAGGCCGAAUAAGCUGGCCCCAAAGAGGGCACUGUUCGAAGAUCUUUACGAGAAAGGAAACCUCCACGUAG